AUCAAACUAGCAGUGAUUAACAAAGUUACCUCGUGAUCAGUGCGAUAGACGACAACCUGUAAGGAGGAAGAAUAUGCCGAGAGGAGUGAAGCCGGGAUUGAUCGUGGGACGAGAUGUGUGGAUGACGAUCUUUCGCGUCCGUAUUGGGCAAAUUAUGAUUCCUGCCGCACAUCCACACCUCGACAGCAUGACAUAGGACAAGCCUCCACAUUCAGAACGUCCGAUAUUGACAAUCCACACUGCCAAAUUCCCACGUAUAUACCAACGAAACUCACAAUGCGCACACUUCUGCUGGCGCUGGUCGCUGCCCUAGUUUGUACAUGCCAGGCCUCACGUUAUGUCCUGUACGUUACUGGACAGCAUCCUGUCUUCCCUCCAGUCAACCAGCUCGCGGAUGUGACGCACGUCGCAUUGGCUUUCAUGAAGUCAUCAACAUUCACUGGAAAGCGUCCCUCCACUUGGCCCCUUUUCACGUCUGUCAAAAGUGUUCGCGACAAGUUUCCCGAGAAUAGAAAAGCUGCUGUCAAGAUCCUCAUUGCUAUCGGUGGUUGGGGUGAUACAAAUGGCUUUUCAGCAGCUGCCGCCUCCCAGAUGGGAAGAAGGGCUUUUGCCGAAAACGUCAAAGCCAUGCUCGAUUCAACCGGCGCUGAUGGCAUCGAUCUGGAUUGGGAGUACCCUGGAGGAAAUGGAGAGGACUAUAAGAAAAUCACCAACUCUGAAAAGAGCUGGGAAGUUGGCGCCUAUCCUAAGUUACUGGCUGAGAUUCGAGCCGUCGUAGGCCCUGACAAGAUUAUGUCAGCAGCAGUCCCGGGCAAGCCCGUCGACAUCCAAGUAGCGUUCACAAAGGACACCCUCGCCGACGUUGUAAAAAGUCUCGACUUCCUGAACAUCAUGACUUACGACCUGAUGAACCGCAGAGAUAAUGUCACCAUUCACCACACGGGUAUCGGCAACUCACUUAUUGCCAUAGACACAUAUCUGACGAAUGGCGUCCCAACUGAGAAGGUGAACCUGGGAUUUGCCUGGUAUGUCAAAUGGUUCAGGACAGAAGGCGAAUGCGGCCAGGAACCGCUAGGCUGCAAGACAGUGUUGAUGGAAGACCCAAAGACUGGCAAUGACCUUGAAAGGUCGGGAGCGUUCUCAUGGCACGAUAAGGUGCCCAAGGAGCUCGAAAAAUCAUUCCACGCUGCUUUGAACAACAGAAAAUGGGACAAUGAUGGUAACUAUUACUGGGAUGCUCAAGAGAAGAUCUUCUGGUCAUGGGAUACACCUGCGAGUAUGGCGGAGAAGUUUCCGGCUAUAGUAAAAUUCCGCAAGCUCGGAGGAGUCUUCGCAUGGGGAUUGGGAGAAGAUGCCGAUGGUUUCCUCCACCUGAAGACUAUGAACGCCUUGUUCAAGAAGUACCUCAAGCCCAAGCCAAAAAGCGCUCGCAAAGAAAAAGACGAAUUAUGAUCGAUCUUUCACAGCUGAAGAUAAAGCUCACGCCAGGCUGAUCAAUCGAAGUUUGAUAGUGGUCUCGAGACCGAGAGAGCCAAAAAUUGUUUACUAUAUCAUAUGCAUCACCAAGAGCUCGGCAACCAGAUGUGCUGGUGAUACGACGCCAGGCAGGCGUGCCCUUUCCGAUUCCUGGUACUUGAGCAAAGUGGAGGUCGUCUGCCACGGCGCCUAACGUAACACAGGUAGUUUUUCUAUCACACUUCUGUGGUACGAUCAACUGGAAAAUUUAACAGCAUGGGAGGCAGUCUGCCGUAGUGAUGGAAGAUGUGACAGCCGUAUGCAUAUGCCCGGACCCUGCUCGAUGACCCAAUCACCUCGUCUCUCCUAGGUUGAACGAUAGCAAUGGAUGGAAGUAUUGAUCACGUAGCAGUCAUCAGAAAGAUUCCAGAUAUGAUCCAAUCCUGUGUACUCUGUCUGCCGACAAAGGCGUCU